GUAUCAUUACGAAAAGUAACAAAUUCUUACAAAUGUACAUUAGAAAAAAAUUAUGUCUGAACAACAACAACUGGAAAUUCAUGCUGAAGAAACUAUGGAUCAAGAAGAGACUAGAGAUUGGAUUACCGAAAGUAACGAAACGAGCAAAGGGAAUUUACAAGAGGAUGAUUGCGUAUAUCGAUUUAAAGCGUAUAAAGAAUAUAGAAAAAACCACCCUGGGCCAUUAUCAAAACGCAGUUUUCGUGUCUGGUGCCAAAAUGGCGGGAAAGAUAAAGAAGAUUUUAAGUGGUCGACAAAAUGUAAAAGAAAACCAUCUGAAAUAAAGAUUUUACGACCUAAAGCUGUUCAAAGAUAUGUAUUUCCGAAUUGUAGAAAUGUGCAAAUGAUUCAGCAUGUAGAAAAUUUAAAUUUUAAAAAUUAAAUUAAAAUCAAUCAUUUUUUCUUUUCUUAAGGUAUAAAAAAACACAUGUUCGUACUUACCCCGCUCAUGUUUUCAAAACACGGCCACGGCACAUGAAGUCCCCACUUCGGCGUUGAAAACUGGAAAAUUAUGCUAAUUAUUGAAGGAACCAUGUAGAACAACAGGAUCGGUAAGUCAAUGUAAUCACGUUCGCGAUGAUAUGCAAUAACUGUUAACAGUUUCAAGGUAGUAAAAAUUGCUAAGUACUAUCAACCCCGCUCGUGUGUCAGAAACUGGAAUAAUGCGCUAUGUAUUAAAAGAGUGUUGGAUCUUUGUCAGGUUUAGAGUCAGUGUAGGAAGGUUGCUGGGCUAACUUGUGAGACUGCGAAACUUGCUUGUUGGAAGAGUUAAAUCGAGAAAGUUUCCCAACGUUGCAGAUAGACUAUUAACAGAGUAGGUGCAACACCAAAGUCCAUGUUAGGUUGCCAGGCUGGUGUACAGGGAGAGAGUGUGUACAAAUUUAAAAAGUACCAAGUUUACUACUGUUAACGUGUCAUUUUGACCUGUUCGUAUAGCGUUAAUGUGUUAUGUUUCAAAAGUAGUAUUAAGUAAUGCACCCAAUUCUCCUUUUUUAACGCUAACAAAAGUGCGCAGCGUACCACACAACAUGACAUUUCUAUAUUACUUGCGAUGGCAUAGCAUACAAAGAAACAUAACAACAUGUUCUUUGGUACGCUAGCCAACAUACGUAAAUGCCAAAUAUGAUUGCUACUGUUAACUUUGACCUACUAGUUUACCGUAGAUGUGUCAUCAUUCAAAGCUAGUAUUAAAUAAUGCAUCGAAUUCUCUUUUUUUAAUAGUAAGAAAGUGCGUAGCGUACCAAACAACAUCAUACUAAGUACUAUCGACCCCGCUCACGUGUCAGAAAGUGGAAUAAUGCGCUAUAUAAUAAGAAAGUGUUGGUUCUUUAUCAGCUUUAGAGUCAGUGGGGGAAGGUUGCUGGGAAAACUUUUGAGACUAUGCAAAACCUGCUUAAAGGUCGGGAGAGUUAAGUCGAGAAAGUUUUCCAAGGUUGCAGAAAAACUAUUGACGGAGUGGGUGUACAGCGAAAGAGCGUGUACAAAUUUGAAAUGUACCAAGUUUACUAAUGUUAACAUUUCAUUUUGACCUGUUCGGUUAGACCGCGUACAAAUUUAAAAUUGUUCGUAGAUUAUUACCACUAAUAUCUCAUUUUCACCUGCUUGUUUAGCGCAAGUAUGUCAUCAUUCAAAGUUAGUAUUAAGUAAUGCAUCGAACUCCCUUAUUUUUUUAAUGGUAAGGAAAGUGCGUAGCGUACCAGACAACAUCAUAUUAAGUACUAUCGACCCCGCUUGUGUGUGAGAAACUGGAAUAAUGCGCUAUAUAUUAAGAGAGUGUUGGUCCUUUGUCAGGUUUAGAGUCAGUGCGGGAAGGUUGCUUGGAUAACUUGUGAAAUUAUGCGAAACUUGCUUGUUCGGAGAGUUAAAUCGUAUUCUGCACAUUGGCAGUAUGAUGAUGUUCUUGAAUGAGUGGUCUAGUCACACUUGCAGUCACUGACUUAAACGUAUCGCCGUAAUGUAAGGGUGCGCCAUCUAUGUAUGUCAUGUAAAAUCAUCUUCUCCUUUUGGUACGAUGGCUAAGAAGUUCACGCGGUUAAGGACGUAUUUUAAAAACUACCGUAGUAGCGCAGUGUACAAAUUGACUUUAGCUAAAUUGUUACUCCACGGCACAUGCAAAGUUCAAGUCCCCACUUCGGCGUUGAAAGCUGGAAAAUUAUGCUAUUUAUUGAAGGAUCGAUGUAGAACAGCAGGAUCGGUAAGUCAAUGUAAUCACGUACUGGCUGGGCAAAGUCAAUGUAAUCACGUACUGGCUGGGCACAUUGACUUUCUUGUCGUUCCUUAUGCUUAUUAUUCUCAUUAGCGGCUCUUGUGAUGUUGGCAGAUGCUGUUCAACUGAUCCUGAGUUGCUGAGAAUAAAGAU